AUGGAAGUAUUCAAUGACAUUGCAAACCGUUUCAAACUACCGCAGAACAAAGUCAAGCUGAUUGGAGACCAAUAUUCUGGUCCUCCAUCUUCUUUCAGGAUUGCCACGCUGGCACAGGGCCUGAUAGCUGCAGUAGCUGCAGUGUCGCUGGAGUUGAUGUCUACAGAGAACAAGGUCGCAACUGUAGACACCUUACACAGUGUUGCAGAGUUCCAUAGUGAACAACUACUUACCUGUGAUGGAAAGAAGAUUCCCUCCUCAUCGCUAUAUCCAAUUGGAGGACAUCAUAAGACGAGAGAUGGGUGGGUCAGAAUCCAUGAUGGAUACACCCACCACAUUAAGGGAAGCUACGAGCUAGCAACAGGAAAAGAAAUGGUCUCCAGAGACCCGAAAGUAUUGAAAGCAGAACUCGCUGAUGCGUUGCUUAAAUGGAAGGCAGUGGACUUCGAGACAGAAGCAGCUAAACGUCGUCUUCCCGUUUCAGCUGUGAGAAGCUACAGUGAGUGGGACGAGGAUAAAAAUGUGGACUUACUUGAUUUCCCUGUAACAAUCACCAAGACAGGAGACUCUUCUGUGAUACCGUUGAAUGGUCCACUUGCUUUGUCAGGUGAGAAGGUAUUGGAACUCAACAGAGUAAUUGCUGCCCCAGUUUGCGGUAAAGUACUGGCUGCCCAUGGUGCAGACAACACGUGGGUCACGUCCCCCAAUCUUCCCACAGCACCAGAAUUGGAUGUCGAGUUCACCAAGGGUAAAAGAAGAGUGAAUUUGGACUUGGAGAAUGAAGAAGAUAUGAAGACACUCUGGGAUAUGAUCGAGGAGACGGACAUGUUCAUACAAUCAUAUGCACCUGGGUCGCUGGAGAAACGUCUAGGUUUACCACUCAAGGAUAUUCAUACAAGAAACAAGAGCAUUAUCGUGGGAACUCUGAGUGCAUAUGGACUUGGAGAAUGGCAUGACAAGAAAGGGUUCGAUUCGCUGGUGCAGGCAGCUUCUGGAAUGAAUGUAUCAGAGGGAGAAUACUUUGGACUGGAUCUAGGUGUGCCUAAACCAUGUCCUUGCCAAGUGCUUGACCAUGCCGCAGGUUACUUUUUGGCUCUGGGGCUUAUGAUCUCCCGGUUAAGACAAACACAUGAAGGUGGUUCUUACAUGGUAGAGGUGUCUUUAGCUGGAGUGAUGGCCUACCUCAGGAAGCUGGGACAGUCCGCAGAUUACAUCGAUGCUCCAGUUCUCACCAGCGAACUGCUCCAGGGCACCGAUAUUCUUCAAGAAGAGGACUCCCAGUUUGGGAACCUGUCGUUUGUUUCUCAUCCCAUCAGGAUCGGCGGUGUGGAAUUGAACUGGAAUAUGUCUAAGUGGGAUUCCUAG